AUCUAAUAGCAAAGCAAGCUGACGGCGAUGUUGUUGUCUUUAUUUACAUGUUUUUACCUUUAAAAGAUACGGCUUCCUCCCCUGUUUCUUCGUUUCUGUUGACGUUCUUGUGAGGAAUCCAGGAUACAUAACUGGAGUUUCACAAUCGGUAUCACAAUCGCUCGAUACAGUGCUACAAAGGAUAAAUCGCCUCAACAGCCAUCAUUAUCGCGCCUCUUCCUACAGUCUCCAUUCUUGCCUAACCACCUCAUUAUCUCUUAUCAAUUGUAUCGCACCACCACAAUGGCGCAAACUAGCCCUCCAGCAGCUCAGAAGCACAUCGUCGUCCUCGGCGGUUCCUACGGCGGCGUCUCAAUCGCCCACUACCUUCUCAAGCAUGCCAUCCCCAAGCUACCCUCGCCCGCCUCCUACCAAAUUAUCCUCAUCAGUCCCUCCGAGCAAACCAUGUGCCGCCCAGCCUGUCCCCGCGUCCUAAUCUCCGACGACCUCCUCCCCAUCUCCAAAGUCUUCGUCAACAUCCCCGAGGUAUUCGCGCAAUACCCCACUGUCAAUUUUCGCUUCCUCCACGGCAAAGCCACAGGUGUUGACCACACGAGCCGCUCCGUCUCCGUCUCCCUCUCAGCAGGCGGAACUGAAACUCUCACCUUCCACUCCCUCGUCCUCGCUACCGGCGCCACCACCACCUCGCCUCUCUUCGGACUAAACCGCGAUGACAUCUUCCUGCGCGCGCGCUGGGCCGAAUUCCGCGAGUCUCUUGCGACGGCGAAGUCUAUCGUCAUUGCAGGUGGUGGACCUUCUGGUGUCGAGACCGCUGGCGAGUUGGGGGAGUACCUCAAUGGACGCGCGGGGUGGUUUAGUUCCAAGCUUGAGAACCCAAAGGUAAAGAUCACGCUCGUGACAUCCGCGGCGCAGAUCCUUCCUGUCCUGCGCAAGUCCAUUGCGACGAAGGCUGAGGGGCUCCUCGCCCAGGUUGGGGUAACAGUCGUCAAGAACACCCGCGUCGCGGGCGUAGUCCCCGAGGGUGCUGGAACGGAGAGCGUGGGUUCCAAGGCGACGGUGACGCUUGCGGACGGGACGACGCUGGAGGCUGAUCUGUAUAUCCCUGCAGUCGGAACGCAGCCAAAUACCGAUUUUGUUGAUAAGUCGCUGCUGACUGCGGAUGGUCGCGUCGAAACUAAUGCCGCGACGCUGAGGGUUGACGGAGCUGGGUCAAGGGUCUACGCCAUUGGAGACGUGGCGUCUUAUUCGCGUCCCGCGAUCCAUCUCACGCUCGCCGCGAUCCCCAUUCUCGGUGCCAAUAUCAAGCGGGACCUCCUUCUCGAUGCCGGGGUGGCCGAGACGGCGGUCGGAGACGACAGGGUGUAUGUUGCUGACAAACGCGAGACGCAGUUGGUGCCCAUUGGAACGAGUAAAGGAGUUGGGGCGGCUAUGGGGUACGAGUUUCCCAGUUUCAUGAUUUGGUUGAUUAAGGGACGGGAUUAUUGGUUGUGGACUGUGGGAGGUUUGUGGAGUGGGAAGGAGUGGAAUAAGGAGAAGUGAUGAGGGGGGUUCUUGGAUGCUUGCUGUGGUGAUGUGAGGCUGCGAGCAGGUUGGAUUUGCUGUUGGGGUUUGAUUAUCCGUUUCUAUACCACUCGGCAUAUGUCGAAUUUGCAGAUCAUAGUUAGGAUAUGAAUUGUACCGGACUAUUUAACAAAUGGCAGA